AUGAAGGUUUUUGAAAUCAAUGGCAACACUCUCUCGCUUACCCUCUUCAUUGACGUCACCAACUCUAAGGAACUUAAAGAAUCUAUGCAAGCUGGGAAACUGGACCCUGAAGCUUCAUAUCUUAAUGCAUCACUUAUUCCAGAUGUUUUCCCUGUUCUAGUUGCAGCGUGUAAGGCGCUUAGUCCAGUGCAUUCUGAGUUUGUUUACAGUUACUUGAUUACAGAGUCCUUGAAAAGAGGUGGUGUCUCUGAUGAUUCGAGUUAUGAUUUAAUGCUUCUCCACUACAAAAUAUUCGGCCCCGAGCUAGGAAUGUCCACUAUUGCAGAUGCCAUAACAUGUCGCAUUGCUGCUCAGGAUGCUCUAUAA